AUGAAUUUUAACUGGAAUUUUUUUAUUGUUAUAUUUUUUGUUAUUUUAACAAAUAUAAAUGGAGAAUGUCCUAUGAAAAGAAAAGUUGAUAAUGGAAAAUCUCCAGGAACUGUUGAUAAUAAACCACCAAGUAUUAUGCCACCAGAUCACUAUAUACAGACAACAUUUAUUUAUAGAGAUUUAACAGAAGAUGAAAAAAAAUUUAGUACAAAUGUUAUCAAUGUUAUUAAUGCUUUAAGAUUUCCUUUAAAAGAACAAGGAAAGUUAACUAUUGAUAAUGAAAAUAUUAAUUGUAAUGAAAAAGGAUUUAUUAAAUGUGAAGAAUUUCCUAAAGAAUCAUCUUUUCAUUUUUUGAUUGUUGAAGAUAGUUCACGUGGUGCUGCAAUUUAUACAAUACCAAGUAUCUUAAAUCGUGAGAUUGGUCAAAUUGAAGCUGCUUUGUUAGAUGCUUUUUCAAGACAUUCAUUAUUUUCAUUGAUGGGAUUUACUUCAUUACAAGAAAAUUCAGAGAUAGGUUUUAUUAGUGAAAUACCAGUUAAUGAAUUAAAAGAGAUGGUUGAAAAUAAUAAAAAAGAAGAAAAAAAAAGAAAAAAGAUGGAAGAAAUUAUUAAAAAAAGAAAAGCAGUAAAAGUUUUUACAAGAGGAGUCUUUGAGUUAGAUCUUAUUGAUGAAAAAAUUCUUGAACUUAAAAGUAUUGAAAGUCCAACCUCUUUUGGAAAAUUAGAAAAUUGGAAAGAAGAUAUGUUAAAUAAUGCCAUUGAAGAAAAUGAUAUUGUUUUUGUUAUGUUUUGGAGUAAUACAAGUUCAAUUUCUACUCAUUCAAUAAAAUUAUGGGCCAAAGCAAGUGAUAAAGUUAAUGAUAUUAUUUUAGCUGAUACAAGAAAAAUAAAAAUUGGUUAUGUUGCUUGCCAUAAUGAAAUGGAACUUUGUGAAAUAUAUGGUAUUGGAAAAAAAAAUCAACAUUAUCUUUUUAUGUAUGAAAAUGGAAAAAUUUCUUUAAAUAUGCCAAAUAUAAAAGAUGAAAAUUAUUAUAUUGAGUGGAUUCAAAUGAUACUAGAUAAUCCUUCAAUUGAGUUAGAAAAUGAGGAAGAUAUUGAAAAUGUUAUGAAUGGUAAUAUGGUUGGUUUUAAUGGAAAAAGAAAAGCUAUAACAUUGGGUAUCUUUAAUGAUAUUGAAAGUAAUGAUUUUAAAAAUUUUGAAAAAGUAUCCCUUUUGUUUAGAGGAAAAUAUCAUUUUGUUUAUUAUUUUAAUGAUGAUACAGAUUCAACAAUAACUGUCAUUAGACCAUUUGAGAAUGGAAAAAAUCAAAUGCGUUUGUAUGAUGGCGAUUUUACUAUAGAAUCUAUAAUGGAAUUUGUUAGUUAUGCUUCUCUUCCUACAGUUAUUGAUUUGACAAAUGGAUUCACAAAUGAUGCAAUAUUAAAAAGAAAUAAAGUUAUUGUAAUGAUACAUAAUAAUAAUCAAGAUAUAAAACAAGAGUACAUUAAUAAAGUUACUGAAUAUGUCAAUUGGAAAACAGGAAAAAGUGUUAUAUUUACAUAUAUAGACUAUAAAAAAGAUAAUGAUAUUCAUAAAAUUCUAUUACAAAAAUUCCACCUUACUGAUGAUGAGUUACCUUAUAUUUUUAUGUAUGAAAAUAAUCAUUUUUCUAUAAAAAAAUGUACUCAAAAAAGUUUUGAUAUCAAAAAAAUUGUUGAAAUGAAUGAGAAAGACUAUGAUAGAAGAUUAGCCUUUCCAACACACAUUGUCAAUCCAUUAAGAUAUCUUAAUUUAGCAAAAACGAAUGUUAUCUUUGGGGAACAAAAUAUAUUGUUACUUGCUGGAUCCGUUUAUGAACCAGAAGAUGACGAUGAUAUUGAAGAAGAUCCACAUGUUUUUGAGAAACUUGAUUUAUCUAAAAUGGGUGGUUGUCCAAUGGCACAUAUAGCUUCAAGAUUAAGAGAAAAGGAAAUUGAAGAGGAAAAUGAAGAGGAAGAUGAAAUAAAUUAUGAAAUUAAAAAAGAUGAACUUUAA